AUGAAAAUCAAGGGAGAGGUUCUUCUGCUAUGGCAAGUUCUGUGUGUACAUUGGGUGAUCACUCUGGCUGGACAUCAUAGAAAAAACGGCCAAAGGUCACGAACAGAAUCUGACGUGAAGGAUAGAAGACACAAAUUAAACAACUACUUUCUCCAAAGGAGGAUAAAUGGAUCUCUUCACCAUCCACUUAAUCAUCUAGGAUCUAUCAGGCGAUCUUUUAUCGGGCGUAAGGUACACAUUAAGGGUGCACCAAAAGGUGUUAUCGUGACCAUAAAUGGGCAAAGAGUUGACCCAAAUACUGGCAGCACAAUAUUACCCAUACAGCCACCUCAGCCAGCACCCCAGCCAGUACCACUACCAGGUCGGAAUGUUCCCAUUAAUGUUCAUGUUCACGUAAAUAAAAAAUACAACGAUGCCAACAUCAUUGGUCAACGUAAGCAACCCAUUAUAAUCACUGCACCCAAUCCUUAUCGAGCUGUGAGACCAAUUGUGAUUCCGAUGCCAGCACAAGUGCCAGCUCCACAGCCCCUUAUAUUACCUGCUCCAUUACCUCCUCCUCCGCCUCCGGCUGUCCUUCCAGCGCCUGUUCCAUUACCUUUACCAGCACCUCUACCACCACCAGUUGCCAUUCCAGUUCCAGCUCCAGCUCCAGCUCCACCUCCAGAUAAAGAAGACUCAAACUUUGCAGAAAUUCUUCAAACAGCUGCAUUGCUUAACACUCUAAACAAAAAAGAGGAAAGUCGCCCAAAAGUUAUACCAGUUGUUCAGCCUGUAAUUACUCCAAUGGCUUAUCAGCCUGGCAGAAAUCCAGCGCAGGGAUAUCCAGCGCAUGGAAAUCCGAAUCAAGGAUAUCCGCCGGAUGAAAAUCCAAAUCAGGGAUAUCCAGCAGGUGAAAAUCCAAAUCAGGGAUAUCCGGCUGGUGAAAAUCCAAAUCAGGGAUAUCCAGCAGGUGAAAAUCAUAACCAGGGAUAUCCAGCCGGUGGUGGGAAUCAAAAUCAAGGAUAUCCAGCAGGUGGAAGCCAAAACCAAGCCACAACAGGAAAAGCUCCAGUAGGAGGUACAAAUAUUCUUUCUGGACUAUCAGGAAUCCUGCCUUUGUUGCUUCCCUUCAAUUGUAGAUGUGGAUGCGAAAGAAGGUGCCCGGACCUUUGCAACCUUUGCAAAGACGUCGACGAGGAAAUAAUUGACACAUUAGACUGUUGUAAGUCAAUGCCAUGUCCCUGUGUAAAUGCCGCAGCAGGCACACAGCCUGUAGGGGCAACUGCAACAGGAACUGUGUCAACUCCCAGUGGGGGUGCCGUAGUUCCUCAGCUGCAACAAGGUGUUGUGCAGCAGGCACCAGCAUCAACCGUAAACCAGAUACAACCAAUGCAAAUCUCUAACGGUGCUACUGCCCUUGCAGCUCCCCCCCAACCUGGUCUGGUGCCACCAUCGCAGCCAGCUUCAGCUCCACCUCUCCCUUCAUUAUCUGUAUUACCUGGACCUCAGGCUCCCGGUGUAUCAUCGCAACUUGCAUCAGCACCACCUCUGCCCUCUUUAGGGCGGCCAGCCUCAGCGCCUCCUCUCACUUCAUCAUCUGCAUUACCUGGACCUCAGCAACCUGGUCCAGCAUUACAGCCAGCUUCAGCGCCCCCACUUCUGCCACUUGUUCCUACAUUACCACAAGCCCCUAAUCCUCCUGUUGUUUCAUCGCCUGGAACUCAGUCUUCUGGCACAGCAUCUCAGCCGUCUGCUCAAGCACCUAAACCUUCAUCAUCUGGUUCUGCUCUAGCGCCUGCUGUUCCACCCCCACUCCCACCCAAACCAGAAAUUUCUCCUCCAAAAACAACCUCAUCAAAGCCAGGUCGGGUCCCGGCUCCUGUAUCCCCUGAAGCUGUUCCACAACCUGAGCCAGAAAUUCCAGCUCCAGGUCCUCCUGGUUCGACUGUCCCACCUAAGCCGGAGAUUCCAGGAAAAGGGAUAAGUACUGGAACGGGUACUGAACCGCCUGGGAACGAAAAUACUGCACCUGAAUUAGAGCCACCUCCCACUGAUACAGGCUCUCCAGGUCCUGACAAUUCAAAGACUCAAGGUGAGUUAGUUGCUCCUCCUCCGGACAACUACGGACCCAUCGAGAUACCAACAGUUCCAGUCUUACCGGGUGAAUCACCAACCACUGGUCAUUCUCAAACUACAAGUUAUCCUGUUGGUCCAGGGCCUCCUGGCGCAAAUCCAGCACCUCCUAGUUCAUCUACCUCUUCCACAAAUCCUUCGCCCCCUCUUCCGUCAUCGCCACUCAUGAAGAAUGCAUAUCCAGUUCCUCCUCCAGCCCCUCAGGUAUUUAUCAUAAAGGAAAAUAGCAAUCCAACAAGAGGCCCAGAGGACAGUAAAAGUGCUGAGGCACUCAAUAGUUUAAGCGAAUCAUUUGAAAGUGCUUUCAAAGAAGCGCUUAAAUCAGAACGAAGGAAAAUAGGAAAAUAUAGAAGUCAUGCUAAAGGGCAUUUUAGUAUUAAACCCGAGGAAGAAGACAAUUGGAAUACAAAAGACAGCGAAACAGAUGAUCAAGAGGAGGAGGAGGACGAGGAGAAGGUGCAGUCUCAUGGCGGCUCUCGGAGAGAUUUCACCGACGGGGAAGACAGUAAACUCAACGAGGAUUUUUCUAACGAUGAUAUAAAUGAUAAUGGCAAUGAAGAUGACAGUAAUGAUGAUGAUGGUAUUGAUGAUAAUCAUGAUAAUAAUGCUGAUUCUAAUACUGAUGAAAUAGAUGAUGAUGAUCAUAGCGAUGAUAAUAGUGAUGACGAUGGCAAUAAUAUUGAUAUCAAGGCGGAAAAAGAGCCGCCAUACGACUUGGACCAACCUCGUCAUUCUCAUGCUCUAUCAUACUUCAGAGGAAAUGAGCAAAGAUACGAGGGAAGACGCAAAAUGUAUCCGACAAAUAAAGGAAGGAAGUAUCAAAGACUUCAUGAUCGGCAUCGAAAUGGAAAACAACGCAAUGAAGAAACGAGAGAGAGUGAGCUGUUGUAUGAUCGUUCAGUCAACGGUGCUCUCAACCGUGAUCGUAAUAAUGUUCAUUCUCGCUAUCACAGAAAGAAAUUUCCAUUAUCUAAAACAGAAGAGGACGAGGAAAUGUCACCAGAACAUGAUUCCAAUUCAAUCCAUGUAGAAAAUGUUCAAUACAAUCCAUUGGAAAAUACUGAAAUUUCCCGCCUUCGUCAUGGAGGUGCAAGUAGGACUUUCAAGAGCCCAAAGCAUAGUUUAAAAUCUCCAGAAUCCCCUAAGGAAAAGCACCAUGUGCCUUAUAAUCAUGAUAGAAUCAAAUUUCGUCAUUUUCAGGACAAAGGCUCAGACAAGCAUGCAGGCCACGAUAAAGAGGGUGACCACACCUUCAUCAAGGAACAUCAUGAUCAUCAUUUGAGCCAUUCAAAAACUGCAAUGUUACCUGAAGAUGAAAUCACUGAAGAGUCAGCCUCAACGAUUGAAGAAACUAGUUAUUCAGGGCAUAAUGAGAAGGUUAAAUCCUUAAAGUCAUUGAAGAAUUUCUUAACUUAUACACACUACGCGAAAGGUGCGUCUCAUCACCUUGUAGAAGACACUCGCACUAAAGACAAAAAAACUCCUCUUGGUACUGUGGAGUCAUUUAAAUCAGGCAAUCAUAGGCAUUCUAGCAAACAUAGCAAAUCAAAACAGGAAAAGGACAUUGCAGAGGAUUAUAGUGAGAGUUCGGGUAAUGAAUCUGGUCAAAAUUAUAACAGUGGCGAUUAUGAAGAUAUUGGCAGUUAGGCAAAUUUAAGCACAUUGUUUAAAAAUAAGGUUUCUUGUAAUA